AUGUCGACCUCUUUAUCGGAUGACCCUAUUGCUAAAGAGGAGGAGGCGACUACCCACAACGCGAAAAGUCUUGACCGUAUCCCCCCGGAUGGUGGUGCUAAGGCAUGGGCAUGUGUUGCUGGGUCAUUUCUCUUGCAAUUCUGCUCAUUUGGCUAUGUCAAUGCCUGUGGUAUUUUUCAACUGUACUACCAGCAAACCAUGUUCAAGGAACAAAGUUCCUCGGCUUUAGCCUGGAUUACUACUCUCCAAAUAUUCUUACUCUUUCUGUUUGGCCCUGCGGUCGGAAAGCUGGUUGAUGUGUAUGGAUGUCGAAAGAUGCUUCCCCCAUUCAGCAUUAUGGCAGUCUUUGCGGUCUGCAUGCUUAGCCUUUGCAAACAAUACUGGCAGGUGAUGUUAGCUCAAGGCGUUGCCUUUGGGUUUGCUGCCGCUGGAUUAUCCCUCCCGGCGAUGGCCACAGCUACACAGUGGUUCUCAACUAAAAAGGGCCUUGCCGUGGGAAUUGUCUCUGCUGGUAGCAGCCUCGGGGGAAUCAUCUACCCGUGUAUGCUUCCUCGCCUAAUCGAAGAGGUCGGCUUUGCCUCCGCUGUUCGUUGGACUGCUCUUAUGCAAGGGAUACUCCUAAUCGUCGCCAACCUUCUCUGCUCUUCACCAUUUCCCCCUCUUGGUAAAGUACCUGCAACUGGGAAGGAUAAGAAUGCACCUCGUAGCAGUGGGCUUCAGGGAUUUAAAAGCUGGCCAUGGGCAUUUUUUAUUCUGGGGUGCUUUUUCACGAUGUGGGGUCUCUUUGCGCCUCUCAAUUACCUCCCAGAAAUGGCAGCAUUACAUGGAUUUGGUGAUUUCGCUCAAUAUACCCUAGCAAUUGCUAAUGCUGGAUCGCUCAUCGGUCGAAUUGUUCCUGGUUGGGCAAGCGAUAUCAUCGGUCAGUUUAAUGCCAUGUGUCUCGUCACUAUUCUCUCGGGCGUGCUGGUGUUAGCCUUUUGGCUUCCCCUGGAGUUUCAUACAUCCCUGGCCGGCGUCAUUGUUUUUGCCCUACUAUUCGGGUUCGUCAGCGGCGGGUUCGUCAGCCUGGGGCCUCCUUGUGUCGUUUCUCUCGCAGAUGACCGAGUCGAUGAGAUUGGCGUGAAACUAGGUGGCUUCUGUCUAGCAAUUGCUUUAGGAGCACUUACCGGGCUUCCUAUCGAGGGUGCCAUUAAGGACAGAGAAGGUGACAAAUUUAUAGGCUUGAUGUGUUUUGCAGGCGCAACCAUGUUUCUUGGCGGGCUAUGUACUGGAAUUGCCCGAGUGAUAAAGGGCGGUUCACAGCUAAUGAAAAAGGUCUAG